AUGUUUCGGACCACCACAGUACUGUUAUUAAUUUGUUUCAUUUUGACAAAAGAAGCAGGAGCGCGCACGGUCUUAAAAUUUACCAAUGCCAAAUGUGAGUCCUUCAACAAAUCCUGGGCGGUGAUCAAUGAGUGUCGAUUGCGCGCAUUUAAACGAAACCUCGUGGGAUUGAAUAUAAAUAUAACUCUGUUGCAUCCAGCUCAUGAUAUUAAGUUGGCUAUAGUCUUCCUGAAGAGAGCUAAUGGCUAUAAGCCAUUCGUUUUGAACACCACACUGAACGCUUGCGAAUAUAUCCUUAAGAAGAAUAAUCCUGUCGCCAAUUUGGUAUAUCCGCUAUUUAGAGAUUUCAGCAAUAUAAACCACACUUGUCCCUAUGUGGGUGAUCAAAUUUUGAAAAACUUUUAUACCAGAACUGAAUUAUUUCGAGUGAUCUUUCCUAAUGGAGAUUACGUUGUGCUCUUGAGCUGGAUACUGAGAAAUAUCAAAACUUUUACUACCGAUGUAUAUUUUACCGUGAUGACGACAUAA